UCAUCCUAGAAUGUCUACAGCAACUCCAUCCGCGGCCUCGGCCCCUAAGCUCGAGAAGAAGCCCGUCAAGUUCAGCAACCUGUUGCUGGGCGCUGGAUUGAACUUGUUUGAGGUCACUUCGUUGGGACAGCCGCUGGAGGUGAUCAAGACAACCAUGGCCGCAAACCGAGGCGACAGCUUCGCGGGCGCUAUGGGUCGGAUUUGGGGCCGUGGCGGUAUCCUCGGUUACUACCAGGGACUCAUUCCGUGGGCCUGGAUUGAGGCAUCUACUAAGGGUGCGGUUCUCCUGUUCGUCGCCUCCGAGGCCGAGUACCAAGCCCGCGUCCUUGGUGCUGGUGACUUUGUUGGUGGUAUCAGUGGUGGUAUGGCUGGUGGUAUUGCUCAGGCUUACGCUACUAUGGGCUUCUGUACCUGCAUGAAGACUGUCGAGAUCACAAAGCACAAGAUGGCCGCCAGUGGUGUUAAGCCUCCCGGCACCUUCCAGACCUUCAUGGAUAUCUACCGCAAGGAGGGUAUUCGCGGUAUCAACCGUGGUGUCAACGCUGUCGCCAUUCGUCAGACUACCAACUGGGGUUCCCGCUUCGGUCUCUCCCGUCUGGCUGAGUCGGCUAUCCGCAAGGUCGCCAACAAGGAGGAGGGCACUAAGCUGUCGGCCUUUGAGAAGAUCUUGGCUUCCAGUCUUGGUGGUGGACUCUCCGCUUGGAAUCAGCCCAUUGAGGUCAUCCGUGUCGAGAUGCAGAGCAAGACUCCUGACCCCAACCGCCCCAAGAACCUGACUGUCGGCAAGACUUUCAGAUACAUCUACGACAACAACGGUAUCCGCGGUCUCUACCGUGGUGUCGCUCCCCGUAUCGGUCUCGGUAUUUGGCAGACCGUCUGCAUGGUUGCUCUUGGUGACAUGGCCAAAGAAGCAGUCGAAAAACUGACCGGCGAUUCUGUCACCGCGAAGCACUAG